CUUGACUUGCAAGGUAUUUGUCUGGAUGCAAACAUUUAUGGCGUAAACUGUAAAAUAUAGAUGAAACGAUGCUUUAAAGGACACGAAUCGUUGCUGUUGGAGGAUUCGGCGUUUCUUUGUAGAUUAUCAAAGAUCAACAGUGUCCUCUCUGUUGGCCAGUCUAGUGUGCAUCUAUGAACUCCUUACUGCCCUCCACUUCUGCCGUCAGUAGCCCUGUCAGCUCCAUAGAUUCGCCACUGUCAGCCGUCAGCUCGUCCAUCGGCUCUCCCGGCGUUCCCGGCACCCCAUCCGUCGGCUAUGGACCCAUCACCAACUCUCAAAUAAACUCCUCAAUGUCUGUGUCUGGGUUACAUGCUGUCAGCAGCUCUGAUGAUGUGAAACCCCCCUUUGGCUUGAAAUCUGUCAGUGGCUCUGGGCCAAUGCUGUCCCAGAAACGGAUGUGCGCCAUUUGUGGGGACCGCUCCUCCGGGAAGCAUUAUGGCGUGUACAGCUGCGAAGGCUGCAAGGGUUUCUUCAAGCGCACGGUCAGGAAGGACCUGAGCUACACCUGCAGGGACAACAAGGAGUGUCUGGUCGAUAAACGUCAGCGCAAUCGCUGCCAGUACUGCCGCUAUCAGAAGUGCCUGGCCAUGGGAAUGAAAAGAGAGGCUGUUCAGGAUGAGCGUCAGAAGAAUAAGGAGCGGGAUGGAGACUAUGAAUUCAGCAGUGCAGCCAAUGAGGAAAUGCCCGUGGAGAAGAUCCUGGAGGCCGAGACAGUGGUAGAGCACAGAACAAACCUGCACUCUGAUGCCACUGGUUCAUCCAAUGAUCCAGUCACUAACAUCUGCCAGGCUGCAGACAAACAGCUGUUCACUCUGGUGGAGUGGGCCAAGAGAAUCCCUCACUUCUCUGAGCUGCCCCUGGAUGACCAAGUCAUUCUGCUCAGGGCUGGAUGGAAUGAGCUCUUGAUCGCAGCCUUCUCUCACCGCUCCAUCAGCGUGAAGGAUGAGAUUCUGUUGGCCACCGGUCUACAUGUGCCCAGAGACAGCACUCACAACCUGGGAGUGGAGGCCUUUUUUGACAGGGAGAGUGCACACAGUGCAGAGGUGGGAGCCUUAUUCGACAGGGUUCUGACUGAGUUGGUCUGUAAGAUGCGUGAUAUGCAAAUGGACAAAACUGAACUUGGCUGUCUGCGUGCCAUAGUUCUGUUUAACCCAGAUGCCAAAGGUCUGACCAGCAGCAGUGAGGUGGAGCUUCUCAGAGAGAAAGUAUACGCGUCCCUGGAGUCCUAUUGCAAGCAGAAGUAUCCAGAUCAGCAGGGGAGGUUUGCCAAGCUCCUCCUCCGGCUUCCUGCGUUGCGUUCCAUUGGCCUUAAGUGUCUGGAGCACCUUUUCUUCUUUAAACUGAUUGGAGACACCCCCAUUGACACUUUCCUAAUGGAGAUGCUGGAGUCGCCCCACUAGCUGUGGCCGAGGAAGAUUGGGAGACAGGGUUUUUCUACCCUAGGUCCUGGAGAUAACUGUGACUGCACUUUUUCUUCCCAGGGGAAUUACAGCGAUUGGUCAGCCUCUGGUCUGGGGGUAUUUUGUUCAUUUAUGUCUUUUUUUUUUUUUUUUUUUCUCUCUCUCUUGACUGUCUCUUAAGUGCACCAUAGAAUCUAGAGACCCAAACCUUGCCAUGAAAAAUUAUUGGUGCUACAUUUCAACAGUAAGCUAAUUAUAUAUAUAUAUAUAUAUAUAUAUAUAUAUAUAUAUAAACAAGUUUAAAACUCAAUGAUUUUAAGUAUGGAAGCUCCAGUUACCUGACUGGUUUAGAUAAGUGGGGUUUACAUUUUGAUAGAACCAUUUGAGGCUUUUAAAACACUGUGGAUGAUAAGCUUUAAUCAUAUGUAAGUGUGCUACACCAUGUCUUAAGUUUCGGUGCUUUCUUCCUGUACGGAUAAUUUAUUUCGCCCCGACCUGUAAGGACUGGUCAAGUGGGUGAAUAGAUGAGUUAAUUAAUUCGGCAUUACUGAUUUAAAUUGACAUUUACUUUGCUAGCGCAAGAAAUCUGGCAAAGAAAUCUAUAUGCAAUGAAGCUUGAAUUGAUGCAAAACAGAAAAGUCUAGAUGUUUAAUCUCCAAAUAUUUUUUUUUUUUUUUUUUUUACGUGAUAUUGUGCAAUGUUAAGCCUAAAUCCAGAGGUGGAUGUGAGGGAAAUGCAAGCACUCAUUAUUUUUAUUAUCUCACGCGCUCAUUUUAUUAUCACGUCAUGAGUGCCUAACAGACAUAUGCUUGAUUUAUGUUUUUUUAUUUAACAUUUGACAGAAGACAGGACAAACAAAAAGAUGAAUCUCUGUUCACAUCAUCAGCAGUGAUCGUACGAAGCAGGUCAAUUUCUUUGGUUCUCUUUUUGUUUUGCCUGAAGUGUCCUAGGCUGAAAUUGUCUUAAACCUGCAUUGGUUUUAUUAGUUAACUGUCAGUUAAUAAUACACUCUCUUCUCUUAUCACAUAUCAGGUAACUGUAUAAGAGUGAUAAUUCCUUAAGUGAACUGCACUACACAAAAAUAAAUGUCAUUCCUUUUUUUUUUUGACCAGUGUCAGAUUUAAAAAAAAAAAAAAAAAA